AUGCAAGCUGUGCAAGUUUUGAAGAAGUUACUUGAUGAUUACAUGAAAACAACCCCGGAAAGGCUCAAGAUCAUUGAUGCCUACAUGCUCUACAUUCUUCUUACUGGGAUCAUUCAGUUCAUCUAUUGCCUCAUUGUUGGAACGUUCCCAUUCAACUCAUUCUUAUCAGGAUUUAUCUCUACAGUGACCUGCUUUGUGCUUGCAUCUUGUCUUCGCAUGCAGGUGAACGACGAAAAUAAGGCGGAGUUCUCUCACAUUUCGACGGAGCGAGCUUUUGCUGAAUUCAUUUUUGCGCAUGCUGUCCUCCAUUUGCUAAGCAUGGGCUUAACGAUGUAUAUGCGACCUCUUCGUCUUGUCAAAAAUUCGCUGACUAACCCUGUUUACUACCCUACAUAUGGAGCGUAUGGGGCUACUGCUUUCUUGUUGGCUGUCUACUUCUGUGAUUGGAAGACGGUUGGGCAGUAUAUCCCGUUGUGGAACAAGCGCUAUAGAACAGACCAAUGAAAUCUUUGCUGUUACUAUUUCCUAGUGCUUUGAGUGUUACCUCAGCCUAUUGGUGUAUACCUCGGUAAUUGCUUAUUUCGUAGUAUGUUGUGCAUCAGUUUGGUCGAAGUCUUGUCAGUUUUAUAAUAGUUUAGGAAGGCGAUAAAUUUUGACCAUGCU